GCUAUAAAGCAUGAAGGGACAACUAAACCAGACCAGUGGAAACAUUCCAAAGUGGAGAAUCCGCUGUGGAAUAAGCUGACAUACAUGUGGCCUAUCCUUCCAAAUGGAGAACUUAAUGAGGAUUUUGACUGGCCAAUUGAGGGAUUGCUGGUUCCAAACAGUCCUUCACUUAAGAAACCAGCUGGCAAGAAGUCAGAUUGGUACAUACCUAUGAGACUGAGGGCUUUGCACAACGGAGACAGGGACAAAAGCAAGGCUAUCACCAUCAUUGGACCUGAUGUUACAAAUAUGCUAAACAGACAAAAUAUUCAUCCCGAAAAGAAACAGAAAACAAAGGAGAACCAGAAAAUGCAUCCUGAUGAAGACCAUGGAAUGGAAAUAUACAAGAUAGAAUUUCAGCACUUUUUGGACAAAUGUACUGCAAUGUUGAAUUUACCUGCUGCUGCUCGAAGAUUGUUCACUGAAAAAGGCAUGGAACUCUUUCUUUUGAAAGGUCUUGAGAGAGAUGAGCUGGUGUAUGUGUCAUGUGGAGAACCGUGGAUUGACCCACACUUGACUAUGGCUCAGCACAAAAAACGUCUCCUACUCAAUAAUUUAGCGUCAGAUAUAUCUGCAAUUCGUGCCUACUGUAUCAUGCGUAACCCUGAAAUUCUAGUUUUAGGAGUAAGGAGCAAUAUUGCUGCUGGAGCCAAACUUUGUGUGGAUAGAUGUCUUGUGGCUUUUGAAGAAGAAAAACUAACUGAGGAGCUGCAGGAAAAUCAAACAGAAGAAAUGUUUCUGAAUAUAAAAGAUGAUUCAGAUCUUAAUUCACAUGCAAAAUCACAUCUUAAAACAGAUGCUUGGCAUAUGAAAUCCAAAUAUUCCUGGCAGAAAAGUUUCUGUGAUUUUCAUGAUGAUAACAGUUUUCUGAAGGACAAGGAUAAAGAAGCCUGUGAAAAAGCAGAGUUAUUUCAGAAGUACAGACCUCAACCAAAGCUGACUGCAGAAUUGCAGAAGGCUCACCAUCAGCAGUUUGAGUUUAGAGACAAACAGAUUAUAAACUGUGCAUUCCCAGGGCUUGUUUUGGGGGUACAGGAUGCUAAACUGCAUCCUGGGACUGAAGUUGUUUUGGUGGAAAAGAAACCUGAUGAUACCAAUCAGCGCUGGAUAUGGAGAGAUCAUGACAGGACAUUUCAUUUGAUGACUGAUCCAAAUCUAGUGCUAGCAGUGUCAAUGCCCAGCACACAGCCUAGAUAUUCAAAAUGUGCUCUGGACAUGAAAGGGUGUGCUGUGGUUCUGCAGAAAUAUAAAGAAUACAGCAAUGGGGCUGCCAAUCAAAAGUGGCAUUACAUGGAAAAUGCAGGAGCAUUUAGUGCCUUUUACAGCACAGUACUGGAUCAAGAAAUCACAGCAGCAAAUCAUGCUUCUGUUUGCACAUUCUCUGUGACCAGUAGAGAAAAAAUAGACCAGCCAGGCUACUGUUUUCUUUCACCCAGUGGAAAGCAGAAGUUCAUGAUAUGCUUGGCUUGUGCAAGGGCCAUAAGAGGAAAGAAAGAACUGAAAAAAAUACCCACUGGUAGCAUGUUCUUCUGUGCCUCUGGCUCUGAGGAAGCAAAUCAUUUCUCCUUGGGGCCUUUUAAGUGUGUUAAUGUGAUGAAGACUGAUUUAUCCACAUUGGAAGCCAAAAAUACCUUGAAUUAUUUAGAAGAAGUUCAAGCAUCUUUGCGGACCGAAACCUCCAUACAAACAAUCUCAGAAAAGAUCUCUGCAGCUGUAAACCAGAAAGCAGUGAAAAUAAUUGCAUACAGAAAUGGAGCUGGCUACCAAAAUGGUCAGUUAAUCAUUGCUAGAACAUUCCCUAUGCUGCUUACCAUGUGUACAAGACAACUUGAACUUACCAGGAAAGCCUGCAGACUAUAUACCAGUGAUGGAAUCCUAAUGCUUACCCUACCAGAUUUAGUCACAUGGGCUGUAAAUGAGUGUUUCAGACAAAGUGACUCAGAAGAAGACUAUAAAGAGAGAACUGCAAUCACUGACAGUGCUGAAGGUGGGGCUGCACUGCAUACGGAAGCUAAGUACAUGGAGAAAGCGAAGAUAAAGUCAGAAUUAUCCUUGAUGACUCCAGACAGUUUGAACACGAUAGAUGAUUCUUUGCUCACCAUCAUCCUCAGAAAUCCUAUAGAGGUCUGGGUUUCCUGUGGAGAACCUUUUCUACCUUUGGAUGCUUUGCAAAAGGCAGCAAGGCAAGAGAAACAAAACUGGUUAGAGAAGGACAAAAUUUUGGCUGAUCUAGAUGCUAUGAAACACAAAAUGAGACAGCUGCAAGGGCGACGAAUAAGAGCCUUUAAACCAUCUACCUUGGUGCCCACAAAAAGCCCAGUUCAGCCUAUAGUAGUAGAAGGAGGCUGGACUGAAGAAACCCAAGAAGAGAUGAAACUCAUGGAAAAUAUACAACAUACCGAGACACACUUCUCAGAGGUUCAAGCAUCACAGUUGAAAAGAAGUUCGCCAUUUUCAUCUAAACUGCUGUCAUCCAAACACAGAUGUCUGUAUGAUCAACCAUCUGCAAAAAGAGUGUGGGCUUACCUGAAUGGUUAUAAACCCAAGCAAGGAGUUUAUGCCUGGGGAAAAACAAUUUCAGAGCUGCUGGAUAACUGCACCACCAGGCUAAAUAUGCAACAGCCUGCCAAGACUCUGUAAACACCGGAUGGUGAGCCACUCCAGUCAUGGGAUGAAAUAGAGAGAGACAUGCUUCUGUGUGUUUCUGCUGGAAGUCCUUUUCUGAGCAGAAGAGACUCCCAAACACACUUACCAUUGAAUGGAUGACUACUUAGAAACUCCACAAGGUCAAGCUGCUGCAGUUUCCAGCUCUUCUGUCUCUACUUCAAUGAUUCUCUCCACCCCACUCACCAGCCUUCUGCUCUCUGCAUGCAGCUUAUGUGAUAUACAAAGUUGGCUAGAACUGUAAUGACCAAUAUGAACUGUGUACCUAUCAUGAAAUCUUGAAUCAUUUCCUCUAAGGCUCUGUAGUGGCAUUUAUGGCUCAGAAUCCAGCCAUCAAGCAGCAGGUGGAAGUUAGAGCUAUUUAUGCCAGAAUCCGAAAGCAGCAAGGUCCAGAUGCCACUAAUAUUGUUGUCUCUCCUUCAGAGAAACUUAAAGGACAGGCCAAAACUCCCAGUUCACUUUUGGCUCUUACUACCGGUGCUCGUUACCAGCUCAUCAACUAGAAGGGAGGAAUUGCUUUGGCUGUCAGUAAACAAGUGAUUCCAGAAGAACAGUGAAAAAAUGUCAUCAGCAAAUUAUCUGUAUUUGUUUCAAGCUGACUGCAAUCUACUGGCAUACUCUUCUGCACAAUUAAUCUGGUGUGGGACAUAAAAUGUAUUUCAGAAAUGCUGCAUUCUGAUGGCUGACCUGUAUACAAUGCACAGAUCUUGGGAAAUCAGUUAGACUGCUUGUGCAUGCAUAUGCAGUAACUGCUUUUCAAAAGUGCAUGGCAAUGUGUGCUCCAUAUCUAAGGAAAAAAUUAAGUAUUGUGGCCGUGGGCUAUGUAAAUUCCAUAGCUUUCAGAAUUAGUCCACAUUGUUGAGGGACUGGAUAAUUAGAAUGAAUUUUCAGAACCUGUUCUUGCAAAGGCUGUCUGCAGUGAUUUUGUGUUUGAAGGGAAUAGUUGCAGGGAUCAAUUCUAAAAUACAUAUAUGUAAUUUGGAGAACAAUCCUCAGUAGGAAAAAUAGCUUUAGCAUAUGUCUAUAGGUGAAGUAAUUUACAUUGAAUUGAUUAAGAAUCAUAAUUAAACUUGUUUCUAAAGAUACUUAUUUUUGUAAUGUUCUAAAGUCCACUUUUUUAUCAGGAGUGAUCUAAAAAUAAAUCGUGUUCUGAGCUUCUGUACUGGUUCCUUGCAGAAAUAAACAGCAGCAGAAAAAAGUGGCAGGCAAAACAUUUCACACACCAUAAUCUUCAUAGGUAUCCCAAGUUCUUUGAAAGUGCUACUCCAUGAGCUAUGCAAUCAGAUUUGCUUGUUGUGCUUCUGAAGACAAGAUACCAUUAUUUUUAAUGCAUAAAGACUGUCACUAUUUUGGGAAGAAAAUCUUUAUUAGGUGGAAAAGAGCCUAAUGUUGAACACACACACACAAAAAGCGUUCACUUGAAGCAGGCACAUAGUACACUGAAGAGAAAAUUAAUUAGUGAGCAAACCAGUGGAAAAUUGUUCUUACCAAAAGAAAGAAGCUUAAGAGCUACUCCAAUACUCACUGAAGUCAAUGGUAGCCUUUCCAUUGACUUCAGUCGGUAUUGUGUAAGAGCCUAAGUUAAUAUUCUUGUUGUUGUAAAGUCAUUUAUUGUAGCUUUACACUGUCCCUUUCAGCCAAAGCUAACAACCUACUACUUUGGCCUUUGGUGGGGGUGGCAUGGGGUCCAGCUAUGAGAUAGGCGGAGACUAACACAGAUUUGUUGGUCAGAAU